AGGCAGUGUAGUCGACCGCCGAUAGCGUGCUAGCCGCAAAGACAGCUGAGGCGACCCAGCAGCAGCUUAACACUCUCUGACAGGCUCAGGAGUCACACGGUACUCUGCUCGGACAACUCUGUAACCAUUGGAACUUAUGGCUGAGAGUGAGGAUAUCUUCCUCAGGGCCAAACAUCGGACAUUCAGCGGACUGACUGAAGAUGCAGAGCGUGAGUGGACGGGACCAUUUUACUUCAUCCAGGCCGCAGACCCCCAACUCGGGCUGAUGAAGGCCUGGAGGGAGGGCGACUGUGAUGGCGGAGGGGACGAGUGGGCCGAGGAGGUUGAGCUCACCAAGCAGGCUGUGGAGGCAGUGAACCAGCUCCGACCCAGGCCAAGGUUCAUGGUGCUGUGUGGCGACCUGGUCCAUGCCAUGCCCGACACCCCAUACAGAGAAGAUCAGGAGCGAGACCUGAAGGCCGCCUUGAUGGGGACAGAUCCCUCCAUCCCGCUGGUAUUUGUGAGUGGGAACCAUGACCUGGGAAACACCCCCACCCCAAGGACAGUGGAGCAUUACUGCAGUGCUUGGGGGAAUGACUAUUUUAGUUUCUGGGUGGGUGGAGUCUUCUGCCUGGUUCUGAACUCCCAGUUGUUCUAUGACGCCUCUGCCUGCCCUCAACUGAAGGAUGCCCAGGAGACGUGGCUCGAGGAGCAGCUGAGCCGAGCUGCCUCCUCAACGGAACCCAAACCCAAGCACAUCCUGGUGUUCCAGCACAUUCCCCUGUACCUAAAGAGCCCUGACGAGGACGACGACUACUUCAACCUGCAGAGGGUGGUCAGACAAAACCUGCUGGACAGGUUCAAGAAGGCAGGAGUGAAAGCUGUCUUCUCUGGCCAUUAUCACCGGAACGCCGGUGGUUGCCAUGACGGCCUGGACAUGGUCGUGAGCUCGGCGAUCGGCUGCCAGCUCGGCGUGGACACCCACGGCAUCAGGGUGGUGGUAGUGACUGCAGACGGUGUCAUCCAUCGCUACCACAGCCUAGAGCAUCUGAAGGCGCGAGGCAUGGAUGAGGACCUCAGGAAGCUCCUGCAGGCUUGAGGGCCCAAGGAGGGAAAAUCAGGAAAAACUCAGCUUGUCAACGGCUUGUUUUUUUUUUUGGUUUUUUUUGUGUCAAUUGUUUUGUUUUGAUUAUACAGUUUUGAGCCCCUGUUCUUCUAAGCACACAAAAAGGAGACUGGCGCGUUGGUCAACUCAUGCGUCAGCAGAUAAGAAUGUGAGAUAUUAAUAUUAUUCAUACUGUGUGUUCCAAGUAGAUAAUUUGCUCGAUUAUGAUGAGCUAAGACUUAGGCUUCUGAUCUGCCAGGGACCCAAUCUCCCACAAUUCUGUGUAUUCAUCAAAAUGGAAUAAAAUAAUUGUAAGAUUAAUAUGGAGGCAUGUUCGGUCAGAAACGAGAGGAAUUUAAACCAACAAAGAUGUGACUACAUGCCGACACACGCAUUAUAAAGUGCCCAGAAUCUUUUAAAAUUAAGUUUGAAAAAUGAGUUUAUGUUUUCUCGCUACUGAAUGUUUUCCUAGAUGCAUCUCCUGGCGGAUGUUAUUAUCACUGGCCUAAAUGUGGUCUAAAACUAGAGGUUCUUUUGUGGAGAAGCACAUCCUACCGCACAGUCCUCCUGUAUCAGAAAGAGACUGACACCCACUCUUUCUGUGCACUGUAAAUGUUAAAGGUCAAGAAGAUACACUAUGGUAAAGCUACAUGUCGUAUGUGUCUCACUUUAAAUGGAUCCAAUCUUUUCCAGCGUAAAAGGGAAGAUUCCACCUUAAAACUUUCAAGGUGCAUCUGGUUGUCUGGGGGUCCAGUUUUCCUCCUGUUUCUCUGCAUAUUACCGAGGUGACAAUGCAAAUUCAUCAAAAAAGAGGAAGAGAAAGGAGUUCUUGUCCAACAGCAGACGGGAAUGCGAGGCAGCCACAGGGUUUGUUUGCAAAAUUCACUUUGGGAACGUUCUUUGAAGGCGGUUGAAAAGCAUCAUGAGAGAUGUAGGAAAUCACAAAGUUAUUUAGAUAUAGAUCUGACGGGUUGAGACAAAUUGUGGGCGAAUGACAAUCUAACAAUGUGAGCGUAACAAAGGGUGGAAUUUUCUUUUUAAUGGUCCUAAAAUAUCCAGCUGUCGUAGCUAUUUCUUCUAUGUUUGCUGUUGCUGCAGUCUAAUACCUUGUUGGCUAUCCUAUGCAAUCCAUUCACUUCACCUGUGUGUGUGUGUGUGUGUGUGUGUGUGUGUGUGUGUGUGUGUGUGUGUGUGUGUGUGUGUGUGUGUUUUUUACUGUUUAUCGUGGUACGUUGUUUGAAUGACCUCGAACAUGUAGCGUUAAUUGCUGACCGAUGACCAGUUUAUAGCCCCUUACACUGCCCUUGCAGACUAAAGAUAACUGUUCUGAGUAAAACUGAGAAGUGUGCGUGUCUAGCAGUAGUAUUACAUAGUCUUUGUAUAUAAGUGGACUUGGAAAAUUUUUCUUAAUCCAUAUUAAUUAUAACAGAAAUGACAAUCUUGUUUCUGACUAACACUGAUUUUAAUAAGUUAAAAGUUAUAAUCCUUAAGAAUUGAGUUCUGGUUGAUGAAGAAAAUAUUGUCACAGAUGUUGCCCGUGUAAUUUAUUGAUUGAUUGACCUCCGUGACAAAUACAAAGCCCAAUAAAAGCCAGUUUACUUCUCUUUUAACGUGAAGGAGCUGCAGCAGUACGAAAUGUUGGGUUUGCACUAGCAGUAACUUUAUACAGUUAUCAAUCAGAUAAAAUUACAAACAGUAACACUGGAUUAUAUACAUGAUUCAUGUGAAUGCCCAGUGAAGGGAAUUUAAACACUAACAAGGAAAACUAUUACAUAAAGGAGUAAUUACAGAGUUAUUGCAGGAAAUGGGACCAUAAAUAGUAUCAAUUGAAAAUCCCAAGGAUUAUAACAUAAAUGUCUUUUUCCUUUGUUGCGCCGUAUAACAGAGCUUACUCAUGCCCAAAUCCAUUUCUCUUACACUACUCCAGUACAGAUAAAUUACUCCGAUGUGUUGCAAUAUCCAUUUGGUUUCUCCUAGUUACUUGUUUAUUAAAGCGUAGAUCAAACUGACUGCUUUUCCCUGCACUGUGAUGUUUUUGUGAUGAAAAUAUUUCAUCAUUGGAUCCGAGUUUAUAUCAAAAUGUAUGAUGCAACACUUCAAAUUUAAUCCCACCUAAUUGGUUUAAUCUGCCUUGCAUCCUUGCUGUGAACCCUGCACACGCACACACACAGAAGUGCUCGGCGCAUAAAAUGAAUAAAUUGUGAUUGUGGUGUUAAAUGACAAACUAUAAAGGACUGGUGUCAGGCGGUUAACACACAGUGAUGUGAUCUGUUAGUGAUUAAUGGUAGGAGGAGCACAGUAUUCAUAGACGGUGUUACAGUCUACUGGCUGCAGACUUAUUUGGAAGCUCACAGUCCCGAAAUUGUCUUUAAAUUGGACGUUACUGCAGCAAAAUCACUUUCUCUAUGAGCCCUAAAUGACUACUCGAUUACACUUUCCACACACACACAGACUCUCACACUCAUCCUGACCGAUUGGGAAUUUAAGAUAGUUGUCAUGGCAACCCCUUAGCAACACAUCUGUGUGUCUCUGAGAGAGACUGCGAGUAUUGGAGAGAACGUAUAGAACGUACUCCUCCAUCUGUGUGUGUGUCUCCGUGGUCUGGUGGUUACUGUAGGUGAUUUUUUUCCAUCAGCAAUAUGAUCGCUGACCUCAUUUCACACCGACGGGUUCUGUCUCUUUUCCAAAAAGUCAGCAUGCGAUGGAGGGAGGAGGGGGGUGAGAGGAAUGGAUAAUGAGUGUGAUGUGUGAAAGUCCAUCUCCUUCAUUUCCUGUUUGAGAAGGAACCUUAUGUCCUUAUCUAUUUUUAUAUCCUUGUGGUAGCCGAGCUCAAUCACAUUGUUCUUUAUCUUUUCUGUGUGUAUGAAUUUGUUUUAGAGCACAUUUGCUCUAUGAAUUGGGGAACAUCACACACUUUGACUCGUUCCCGUGUCAAAUUCUAAUGAAUGACCUAUACUGAACACCAUGACUGUGACAUGAUUGGUUGUAUUUUUAUAAUAAAUGUUGAUUUUAUCUAAUGA